CCCACUGGUCCCUCCGGGUUGGGGCAUCGUUGGGUGGCACUGGGGCACAUUCAGCCUGAGGAAGCUGUGGGCAUUCACGGGGCCUGGUUUCCUCAUGAGCAUCGCUUUCCUUGACCCGGGGAACAUUGAGUCGGACCUUCAAGCUGGUGCUGUGGCUGAAUUCAAACUGCUCUGGGUGCUGCUCUGGGCCACAGUGCUAGGCUUGCUCUGCCAGCGGCUGGCUGCCCGGCUGGGCGUGGUGACAGGCAAGGAUCUGGGUGAAAUCUGCCAUCUCUACUACCCUAAGGUGCCCCGCAUCCUCCUCUGGCUGACCAUUGAGCUGGCCAUUGUGGGCUCAGACAUGCAGGAAGUCAUCGGGACGGCUAUCUCCUUCAGUCUGCUCUCUGCUGGACGCAUCCCCCUGUGGGGUGGCGUACUGAUCACUAUUGUGGAUACCUUCUUCUUCCUCUUCCUGGAUAACUAUGGUUUGCGCAAGUUGGAAGCUUUCUUUGGGUUCCUCAUUACCAUAAUGGCUUUGACCUUCGGUUAUGAGUAUGUGGUGGCGCGUCCAUCUCAGGGAGCCCUUCUUAAGGGCCUGUUCCUGCCCUCCUGCCCGGGCUGUGGGCAGCCUGAGCUGCUGCAGGCAGUGGGCAUCGUUGGUGCCAUCAUCAUGCCUCAUAACAUCUACCUGCACUCGGCCUUGGUCAAGUCUAGAGAGGUAGACAGAACCCGCCGGGGGGACGUUCGAGAAGCCAACAUGUACUUCCUGACUGAGGCCACCAUCGCCCUCUUCGUGUCAUUCAUCAUCAACCUCUUUGUCAUGGCUGUUUUUGGUCAGGCCUUCUACCAGCAAACCAAUGAGGAAGCGUUCAACAUCUGUGCCAACAGCAGCCUCCACAACUAUGCUAAGAUCUUCCCCAGGGACAAUAACACAGUGUCAGUGGAUAUUUAUCAAGGAGGUGUGAUCCUAGGCUGUCUCUUUGGCCCUGCGGCCCUCUACAUCUGGGCAGUAGGUCUCCUGGCAGCGGGUCAGAGUUCUACUAUGACCGGCACCUAUGCAGGACAAUUCGUGAUGGAGGGUUUCCUUAAGCUGCGAUGGUCUCGAUUCGCACGCGUCCUCCUCACUCGCUCUUGUGCUAUCCUGCCCACUGUGCUGGUGGCUGUCUUCCGCGACCUGAGGGACCUGUCCGGCCUCAAUGAUCUCCUCAAUGUUCUGCAGAGUCUACUGCUGCCCUUUGCUGUGCUGCCCAUUCUGACUUUCACCAGCAUGCCAGCCGUCAUGCAGGAGUUUGCCAAUGGCUGGUUGAGCAAAGUCAUUACUUCCUGCAUCAUGGCACUGGUCUGCGCCAUCAACCUGUACUUCGUGAUCAGCUACCUGCCCAGCCUCCCGCACCCUGCCUACUUUGGCCUUGUGGCUCUGCUCGCCAUAGGUUACUUGGGCCUUACUGCUUAUCUGGCCUGGACCUGUUGCAUUGCCCAUGGAGCCAAGUUUCUGACCCACAGCUCCCACCAGCGCUUCCUGUAUGGACUCCCUAUCGAGGAGCAGGAAGGCAGGGAGAGUUCCGGGUGAUGAGCACAGUGACCCAGCAUCCACCAACAGGAAGGACACAGCAGGGCAAUUGAAGGUCCCCUACCAGCUUUCUGGAUUACCUGUCUCCAGUUUGGACAAGUGCUGUACCUCAGAGUAAAGUGUGCUAGGGACACCCAUCUUAUCACAACCUAAGAGACUUAAAAACACAGUGCCUAGGUCUGGAGAGAUGGCUCAACGGUUAGGAGCACUGACUGCUCUUCCAGAGGUCCUGAGUUCAAUUCCCAGCAACCACAUUACAACCAUUUGUAAUGGGAUCCAACGCCCUCUUUUGGUGUGUCUGAAGACAGUGACAGUGUAUUCACAUACAUAAAAUAAAUAAAUAAAUCUUAAAAAAAAAAAAAA